AUGGUCAGCGAUGAAAGUGAAGCCGACUUCCUGCGCCGUCUAUCUGUUGCGGAUGCAAAGGUGCUGCUGGAGAGGACUAGAAAGGAGAAGGAAAAUAAGACCAAGGAAAUGCAAAAGAUGAUCAGCGUGCGAUAUCGAGAUCUCAUCGAGUCGGCAGACAAGAUUGUCAACAUGCACUCAGCUGCACUGCGUCUUGAAGGUUCGCUAAAAGAAAUGCCGGAUACGUGGAAGCAUAUGGAUCUAACUUUGGCCGAGGCGUUAACCAUUACGGAUCCAUCCUGCAGCAACAAGGUAAACAGGAAUAUCUCGUCUCUGGAGUCGCAACCGAGUGAACUGGUGGAAAAAUUUACCAAUGAAGAAAAGGCCGUGUUUCUGGCGGAGGUUCCUGAGAUGAUGUGGCAGUCACUGGACAAAGGAGAAACACUGCAAUCGCUGAUGCUUUAUCAAGUAGCAAUCAAGUUGUAUUGUAAUAUGACAGACAGGAAAGUAGCAGAAAAAUUUCCUUUUUUGCAGGCUCAGUGGGCGUGCAUACAAAGCUUCAAACCGAGGCUGCUAUCGUGUGCUGAUAGUUACUUGACUUGCAGAGGUCUGGAGAGCCAUUUUUAUGCCAACAAUUUGUGUGCGCUUGUCGUGCUGAACGACUCGCCAAUUACAGCCGGCAAGCUGUUUGAAAUAUAUCUUAAUUCUCGUCACAAGUGGAUGAUGCUACCCCACAAAUCAGACGAUGACAAGAGAGCGCACCAUAAAUCGUCGACGAAAGAGAUUCGUGCGCUGAUAGUUAUCUUAAAAUCAAUCAUCAUGACAAUAACUCAAGCUGAAGAGAUCUUUGGUAGCGAAAACGAAAAAGGUAUAUUACAGACGAUGUCACAGCUUUCAGAUAUUUUUAAAAACGAUUUGGCGCAAUUUUGUCUAUCGGGGGAACUUCUAAAUGCAUUAAACGCGUGGUUUCAGUGGAACCGUCGUCAGAUCCUUGACUUGGCUUUGCCGAUUAUUUCCAGUAUCAACUCUAUCUCGCUACUAUCCAAAAUCCGGUCGAGAUUAUACACUAUCAGCAUGAAUAGUGCUGGGUACGAGAAUGUGAGCUUUUUGAGUCGGGUUCAUGGCAUAGAAGAUUUCAGUAAAGAUCAGCAAGCAAGUGUCGGUGCCGCUUCAAUUUUCUCAGUAUUGUUUGCUAAAGCGUUUCGCAAACAGACACGAGAUUUGGUUCAGAACUGUUUUGCCAAGGCUCUUGACGCGAUAAAACUUCAAAUUCGUGCUAGCUUGGAUGCGACGGCUGCAAGUUUUUCUCAAAGUGAAUGCAGGCUGCGAAAUAUGGAAUUUUUUGACUACUUCGAUCAUAUUCACAAGAAGGCAGCUGACUUAGAUGGAAGUGAUCUUCAGGUCGUUCUAAAAGAAGAGUUUUUUCGCACCCUUUUCAAAUUAGUGUUUUUUUUUGAACAAGAAUAUUCACACGUGGAAACUCAAGAUAUAAACGCCGCGAUUGGUGCCAAAUAUCUCCCGAGCGUGUAUUUAAGCAUUGCCAACAUAUUAGCUGGAAUUGUAGCUGGAUUCCAGUCUCAGAUCAAACAACUGUUUCCAGGAAGCGCGGAUAAUGUUUUGGUACCCGACAAAGAUCCCUCGCUUUCGAUAGUUGGCAACAUUUUUGACAAAUACUCGCGCAAUGGUUUUGUUGAAAAGGCACAAUUUGAUGCUUUUUUUGAGGAUACUCUCGGAGACAGAAAGGGGCUUGUCUGCUUCAUAGAUGAAGAGCUCAACCAGGUGGACGCUGUCGGGUUUUACUCUCUUUACCUUUUUACUGAGAUUAGACUCUCAGCGUUAUACCCGCAAUCAUUUGUGAAUGUGCUCUACGGGCUAUCUAAAAAAUACUGCCAAACAUGGGCUUCAAUUCUUGUAAAGCAAAAAAUUCAGCCUUUGCGGGAAUUUCUGCUGACGGAACAGUACAAUUUGACCAACGAGAAAUGGAUUGAUACUCAUGAAAGCUGGACAGAGCAGGUUAUAGCCAGUGAAGUUGUCGACGACGACUCUGGGGAUAUUUUGUCGGAUACUGAUGUAAGCAUCGGUGAUGAAAAGAUCUGGCUGCCAUGGUGUGAAACACCCGCAGUGUCCAGCUGUCUUUUCUCCUGCUGCUAUUGCGUGGACGAUGCGAAUCGUAUGAUUCAAAAUUCUUUGGGAGCCAGUAAAGAACAGAUUAAGAUGAUGCAUCGCAAUAUUCACGAAGUAUUCGUCGAGCAAGUAACUAUCGUAAGCGUUUCCGUUUAUGAUAAUGCUGUUUCACUUCUUGUUGAUGCAAGAGCGACUCAAAGCAAUUCGGUGUUGAAUUUUGGGGAAUGCUGUAUCCAGCAGUUUUUGUUUGACAUGUACUUUGUUCGAGCGACACUGGGGUCUUCCGACUUCAUUCGUUUUGGGUGGGGUGAUGAACUGAGUGAGAAAGAUUGUUCUUGUGGCUUAGUCAAGCUGAAAGGUUUGUUCGAGCGUAUGCGAGAAUUUAUCGAUCCAGUGGAUUGGGAAAUCUACGGGCCGCAGCUAAUUCAAAAUGUGGUGCUCCAAUUUCGUAAGAGUCGUUUGUUGUUUUCAUCGCUGUCUGAAUCAAAUGAUAUCAACAAAAUAAAUGGUAAAGAAGUUGCGGUUGAAGCUCAAACUACAAAGCCACUAGCGCGAAUCGCAGAGCCUGUUGCCCGAUUCUCGCUGCUUCCCGUUCCUUCAAAUCGCCGGGGGUUAGAGCAUACGAUGUCACGUUCUAGCCACAAUAAUUUAGCAGAAAAGAGAAACAGAGAAGCGAAUUCAUCUCUUUUUCAUGAGCGCAUAGCAGCCGACAACGGGUCACAGUCGUCAUCCAUUACGUUGCAAAAUUUGUUGUCGUCGUCAGCAAGCGCAAACCUUUUUUCGGCAACGACUUCUGGUACUAACUUGUUUUCUUCCGCUGCGAAAGGCAUUGUAUUUUUCAUCUGCAACGACAAAUAG